CAUAUAAUUGAUUGCUCUGAUCAAGCGAUAGCAAAACAAAAUACAAACCAGAACAGUCUCAAAGCUUCGCCCAAGCAGAGAAGAAUGGCCGCCGGAGGAGGAGGAGGAGACGAGCUGAAGCUGCUCGGAUUGUGGGCGAGCCCGUACGUCCUGCGAGCGAAAUUCGCGCUCAGCUUCAAGGGCCUGAGCUACGAGAACGUCGAGGAGGACCUCCACAACAAGAGUGAGCUGCUCCUGAGCUCCAACCCGGUGCACAAGAAGGUGCCCGUGCUCAUCCACAACGGCAAGCCCAUCUGCGAGUCGCAGAUCAUCGUGGAGUACGUCGACGAGGCGUUCCCUGACGCCGGCGAGUCCCUUCUCCCCUCCGACCCUUACGACCGCGCCGUCGCUCGCUUCUGGGCCGCCUACAUCAAUGACAAGUUCAUGCCGGCGUGGCAGAAGGCGUCGUUGGGCCUCACGGAGGAGGAGAAGGCGGAGGCGGUGAAGCAGAUGCUCGCCGCGAUCGAGAACCUGGAGACGGCGUUCAAGGAGUUGUCCAAGGGGAAGCCCUUCUUCGGCGGCGACACCGCCGGGUACCUCGACGUCACGCUCGGCGCCGUGGUCGGCUGGGCGCGCGCCGGCGAGGUCCUGUUCGGGAGGAAGCUCUUCGACGCCACUAGGAGCCCUCUCCUGGCGGCGUGGAUGGAGCGGUUCGUCGCGCUGGACGCUGUCAAGGCGGUGUUGCCGGACAAUGCCGAGCUGAUCGAGUAUGGCAAGAUGAGGAUGGCGCACUACGCCAAGCUUGCUGCCGCCUUGGCUGCUGCGAACAAGAAGUGAGCCGGCGAAGCAAACCUGUAGUUGGUGUGUGUCCGUUCUCGUUGCUCGUGGUCUCGUGGAGGAUGAAAGCUGGUGCACCAUAGUCCUUCCACACCGUGAGGUUGAGUUGUGACUUUUUUUUUCUUCCAGUGAUCCGUUCGAUCGGAUCGUCAUGUGAUUCUGGCGCAUUUAACUCAAUAAAAGAAAGGAAGAAGUUCAAAUUACCCGCUUAAA